UUGCAAAACCGCCGGUAGUGCUUCGCCUGUGACCAUGUCAAACCCGUAGUGAUCGCAAUGGUGGGGGAAGACGAUUACGACAAGCUCUGCAAGGUGGUCCUGGUGGGUGAUGUCUCGGUGGGAAAGACGCACAUCUUGUCGCGUUACAUGAAGGACGACUUGCCGAAGGCACCUGCGGCCACCAUUGGAGUGGAAUUUGCCACGAAGACAUGCAAGUUGCCUUCGGGGACGAACAUUAAGGCACAGAUUUGGGACACUGCCGGGCAGGAGAGAUAUCGGGCCAUCACUCGCGCACAUUAUCGGCGCGCCGCCGGCGCGGUCUUGGUCUAUGACGUCACCAGGCAGGAGACGUUCCGAAGCUGUUCCAAUUGGGUGGCGGAAGUGCGUGAAGGUGCUUUGCCGGAUGCUACCAUCAUUUUGGUGGGCAACAAGAUUGACUUGGUGGAGCAAGACCCUUCCACGCGGCAGGUGUACCACGAUGUGGCGCAAGAGUUUGCGCGGCAGAACGGUCUGCUCUUUAUUGAGGCCAGUGCAUUGUCGGGGGCGCAUGUGAAGGAAGCCUUCGACAUCCUUUUCGAAGAGGUCACUGUGAAGUCUCCAAAAGAGUCCAAGAAUGAGUCCGACGGCGCGGUGUCGGACUAUGGAGCCGGUGUCACGAUUUCGCCCUCGAACCGCAAAAACAAAACAUCAGGCUGUGAAUAUUGUGGCUGAAGGCAGAAGCCGUGAAGCAGCAUGGAUUUGUCCAUGAGCCCCGUUGCAGAUGAUGGGACAGGAUGAAAACUGCUCUCGACAGUGGAAAAUCUUGGGGAUGACC